CUCCCACCAAAAUACAGUUAAUAAAGUUAGGGUUUAUUGCUUUCACAGUGUGAUAUCAUCUGAGACUGCUGCUUCAUUCUCCACUUUCACAUUCAGAUCUUAUUCCUCCUCUUAAUCAAGUUUUGACUUCAUUUGGAGAGUUUCUGAGCUGCCAAUCCGUCCAAAAUGAGCCGGCCAAUGGAGGAAGAUACUGCGGGUAAGAAUGAGGAAGAGGAAUUCAACACUGGACCAUUAUCUGUACUAAUGAUGAGUGUUAAAAAUAAUACGCAGGUAUUGAUAAAUUGUCGGAACAACAAAAAGCUUCUGGGUCGUGUAAGAGCUUUUGAUAGGCACUGCAACAUGGUUCUUGAAAAUGUCAGGGAGAUGUGGACCGAGGUGCCCAAGACUGGUAAAGGAAAGAAAAAGGCCCAGCCUGUGAACAAGGAUAGAUUCAUUAGCAAAAUGUUCCUCCGUGGAGAUUCUGUCAUCAUUGUUCUUAGGAACCCCAAAUAAGAUUUUGCAUUCAUCUUGUAGAAGGAAAUGACUCUCUGGUAUUUGCCUUUUUUUUCAUAUCUUGAAAUUCUUGAAGAACACUUGUACCAAUAUCCUGUUCUUGUCUACAUCCAAUGGUUUGUAUGGAAUAGUUUAAAAAUGUAUAGUUUUUUGUUUUCCUUAUUUUCUCCUAA